CGCGGCUCUGACUGCGGCGCCGUGACCGUCAGCUUUGGGCUGAGACCAAGGUCCGGUCCCAAAUACGACACGUUAUUUGUCGAAGCGACAAACAAACGCGUCGACGAGCCGCGUUAAGAGCGUAAAAGACGAGGCGAACCGUAAGACAAUUCUCGAGACGACGGCGCCGCCCACACGUUGGGGGGGGGGGAGCUCGUGCUGCUGUCCGCGAGUGACGUGUUUCCGGAGAAAAGAUCCGCCCAGGUUCGGGCGCUCGUCGGGGUUUUAACAAGUGUGUGUUUGUGUCGAGCGGGAGCCGCGUAUGCGGAUCGGCACCGAUGUCCGACACGCGCUUUGUCCGCUGAGAGAGGAGCUGCUGCGGCUUUCUAGCCUUUUCCGUUUCCGGUCGGCCGCCCGCCCGGCUGCCGCGCGAUGUUUACGGACGAAACCAUGGAGACGGUGGGCGCGGAGUCGCACUGGAGAAGCUCCGGGGCGGCGGAGCGGCGCGCGAAGAGCUGUCAGACAGCAGCCCUGGAGGCCACUGAUGCUGGAACCCAGGUGCCCUCUUGGGCUCAAAGGGACACGCAGACUGAUCCGGAGGAGGAGGAGCGGCGUUGGCCGCACCUUGACCUCGCUCGCGGACGUCGGACCGAAUUCCCUGGACUGGGGGACUUCCUUGACCGGGUUAAAGACACGGUCAUCAGAGAGCUGGUAAAGAACGCCAAGAGUCACGCUUUCGACGGGUUCGAAGUGAACUGGGAGGAACAGAACCGAACGGUUUCGUGCACUCAUUCUCUGCAGUACCCUGAGGCUCAAGAGAGAAACCUUCACGUAACCAGCGUGUCCUGGAACUGCACAGGCUCAGUCAUAGCGUGCGCUUUCGGCCGCAUGGACGACGGUGACUGGAGCACGGAGAAGUCCUACGUGUGCACCUGGAACCUUCAUCGCCAAGGCCUGAACCCCAAGCGCCCGGACGCCGUCAUAGAUGUGGCCACGGCAGUGAUGUCCGUUUCGUUUCACCCGUCGCGGCCGUCGCUCAUCGCAGGGGGGCUUUACAGCGGCGAGGUGGUAGUGUGGGACACCGGCCGCGUGCAAGACCCAGUGCUGGCAAAGACGGGCAUGUCCCCCGAUACCCACAGAGACCCCGUGUGUCAGGUGCACUGGGUUCCCGGAGGCCGGAGGGGCGAGUUUCUUGUCCUGAGCGCUGGUUCCGGGGGCCGGGUCCUGCUGUGGACUGUACACGAGCAGUCGGAGCUUGUCCUCAGUGCCGGAUAUGGUCUCCUUAGACAGCAGCUGCCCCACAAGACCAUGUUAACCAAGCCCAGAGGAGGCAGCAGCGUGGGCAUCGCCUCCUUGGCCCUCUCUCCCUGGGAUUCGGACACAUUCCUGGUGGGCACCGAGGGGGGCCUGGUGCUGAAAUGCUCGUUCUCUGCCCAAGCGCCAGCAGCCACGACUCCAGACGGCGAGAGCGUGACCCUGCGUGCUCCAGCCAAGUUCUGCUUUUCCCCGCACUGCGGCCCUGUGUACGCCCUGCACUGCUCUCCGUUUCACCGGAACCUGUUCCUGAGCGUGGGGACAGAUGGCUUUGCCCACCUGCACAGUCUGCUGCAGCUUGAGCCACUGGUGUCACUGCAGGUGUGUGACUCUUAUGUGUUUGGGGUGCGCUGGUCCCCAACUCGGCCUCUGCUUUUCGCUGCUGCCACAGGGGAAGGGUCAGUGCACAUCUUUGACCUCGGGGGGAUGUCGCUGAGGCCCGUGGCCACUAUUGAGCAGAAGAGUGGGGACCGGCCUGUCUACUGCCUGGAGUUCAACCCCCGACAGACUCACCUCCUGGCAAUGGGAAAUGCCGAUGGCACAGUGAACAUCUGGCACCUGAGUACUGAGCUGACAGAACAGGGACCCAAGGAGGUUGCACAGCUGGAGCACUUGGCCAGUGAGGUGACAGAGUGAGAGGACCGGGUUUCCUCAACCUCCACGAACGGGGACACAACCAACAAUCGGCACGGUCCCUUUUAUUCUGGGGAAAUGGACUGUCCACAGUUUGGGCUCUGCUGGGACUAAGAACAAUGUCUUGUAUAGCCUGGCUAUAUAUGAGUUAUUGAAGAAUAUAUAAGGUUUGAAUAAUAAAUGCUUUUAUGAUACCAAGGUUAAAUGCAGAGGAUUUUUUUUCCUUACGGAAAUACACUGAUAAAAG